AUGGGGCGCGCGGGCGCCGGUGCCGCGGCGCAGCAGGCAGCCCCGGGGAGCCCAGGCGGUGGCCUGGAGGAAGAGCUGCUCCAGUCACUCAACGAGCAGGGGCUCUACGAGGCGGCCCAGAAGGUCGGCAUCGUCGGUGUUCCGGACGCCCUGCAAGACGCCGGGACCACGGAUGCCGCGGUCGACGAAACAGAGAAGGACGUCGCGGCUAUCGAGCAGGAGACACUCGUGGACCGCUGCCAAACAACGUCUCAACUAGCCGGUCAGACCGCGGCGGCCGUCGAGGUUGUCCUGCGGCAGCUUGCCGCGUCGGACCCUGUGCAGCCCGCCAGCGUGAUGGCCUCGCACGACGACCAGAGCAACCAAAACAACUCCACGCCCGCCAACCCGCGGAAACGGAGGGCGACGGGCCAGAGCGUGGCACAGAAGGCGUCGCAGUGGGACUCGGCGAAGGGCGGCAAGGGCCUGCGCGACUUCGCCAGAAAGGUGUGCAACGUGCUGGUGGACAAGCGCACCACCACGUACAACGAGGUCGCCGACGAACUCGUCAAGGAACUGACCGCGGAGCCGUCGUCGCAGUUCGAGGAGAAGAACAUCCGGCGACGUGUGUACGACGCUCUGAACGUGCUCAUGGCGAUGGACAUCAUCCGGAAAGAGCGGAAGAUGAUCCACUGGCGAGGACUGCCUAACGAGUCAGCGCAAACGUCUCGCGACGAGUACCGCGCGAAGAUCGAGGUGUCGCUUCGGCAGGUCAACCAGAAGCGCCACGAGCUCAACGGGCUGACGGACACGUACCGCGCGAUGCGGGCCCUCGUGGCGCGGAACAGCAAGCUUGCGCAGGGCGCCAACGCGGUCCCCCGGGAGCAGUGCCUGUCCUUCCCGUUCCUGUGCGUGCACACGCGGCAGGACCCGCACGAGAACAGGUCCACGUUCCGGCCCACGCUCGAGAUCGCGCAGGACCACUCCGAGGUGCUGUUCGAGUUUGGCCCCCGGAGGUUCCAGAUGCAGUACGACUGCGACCUGCUCGCGGAGGUGGUGCUGGGGCUGCGGAAGAACGAAUCUGGGGACAAUCCAAGCUCUGAGCGAUGA